AUAUAACGGUUACUUAUUUCUACUAUGGUAAAUUGACACAUUUUGUUAACGGAAAUGUUUCAUAGAAUACGAUGGACUUUAUGGGCAACACUUGUUUUGUACAUCGUGUAUCUGCCAUCAUCGGAAUCUGCGCCAAUCUUAAAGUUAAUAUGUCAGAUAUGGCCGAAAUCCACAUUUUGCAAAAUCUACGAUAUGACAAAGAAAAUUUUGGAUGAGACGGUGAAAAACGGAAAAACUUCGGAUAGUGAUUCAGAUGGAAUGUUCCCAGUCCGAAGUGGUCAACACUCGUCGAGCGAACAGCGAAGUGGGAUGAUGAAGUAAGAUUACGAAGUCCAUUCUUUAAAAUUGAUCCUCUUAAUGUUUAUUUAGUGAAGAACAUAUUGAGUCUUAAGUAAAAUAAUUCAUUCUGGACCUGAUAUAACAAACUAUCAACGUUACAUUGCAAUGAACGAAAUAUUCUCAUUUUGAGUCGAAAGAAAAAGAUGUAAACAGCGAAGAUAGUUUUUCUUUUCGACGAUUAAAUUUCAUUAGCUGUUCGAUAGUAAAUAUAUCCAAUAAAGAAUUCAUAAGACCAAUCAGAUACCGGUAAUAUUUGUCCUCGGAAACGUAUUACGUAAUGCAAGGUGUAGUCUAGAAGGAGUGAAUAAUAAAAGGAGUUAAAAUUAUGGGAAAACGUUAUUCUGACCAUGGUAUGGUGAGGUAAUGCAUUUACGAUAUUGAGGAACUCCACGUAUCCUUGUGAAGUAUUCAUGAUGGGGUUGCUUGAUAUCCCUGAAAGUGGAAUUCAUAGGCGACAUUUAAACAGAAAUUCUUGGAAACUGCCUUUCCAAAUGUUUGAAGAAGACAUUUCCAUCAGCCAUCUUACGUAUCACACUGUACAGCAGACAAUUUAUCCAAUCUAACGUCAAGGAUAAAGUACUGCUUUUGGCCACCUUAGUGUGUCGAUAUCAGUUUAUCCAUGUGGUGCAAAGCGUAUUGGCUGUAUGCAAUAUCAAGUUUACAAACAUAUUUUGGAACAUUGUUGAGCUUGGUCAAUCAGCCAGAGGAGAAAAGAAGAACAACGGCAGCUCCAUCCUCGAACACGUUGUCAUCUUUGGACAUCGAGCACCCCCGCGUAAGUGCUCCACAUUCCCACACAGAGUCCAUCAAUAUCGUCUAAAUUGAAUUCGCAUACGCCAUCUGUACAUAGCUGGAGCACUGGCUAUUCGUAAACUGAAACCAUACCUAUGCAUUCAAAAACAAUACGUACAUUGCAUCACCCUACCGUGGGCAUAGUAACGUUUGCAAAAUAAUUUUGUCUCCCUUUAUUGUUCAGCCCUUCAAGACUACUCCUUGCAUCAUGUAAUACGUCUCCUAGGACAAACUUUAUCAGUAUCUAAUUGAAUUACUUUGUAAUCUACGACAUCUAACUAUGUACAGACUCGUAUUUGUACUCAUUGCAGUCAUAUAAGUAAAUACUAGUGGAUGAACCUAUGAAAAAGAAGUAUAAUAUCUUUUUUAAUAACUGCACAAUGUAGUAUUGAGAUGCCUUAAAAAAACAGUUCACUGGCAGUUUUUGUGUGACUGACGAAAUCCACUGGUUUUGGCAAUGUCCAUUCAAGCGUCAGAUAUAUAUCUGAAUUCACAUAUAAAAAGUUGAAAUAAAUGCGUUGUGGAGGCACCGAGAGAUCAU